AUGUUCAGAAUGAACAGAACGUCGGGGGGGGAGGGACGGAGCGGCUCGGAGGACGCGGACAGUAGUAGAUCGCCGGAGGACCCACGAGACGACCAAACCUCGGGGGAUGGUAACAACGGCAGUGGUGAUGGCAACCAAGUUAGUGGGGAAGACCCCCCGCAUGGUAGCAGUGACAGUCAGAAGGAGAAGGGCAGCUCGGACGGCGUUUCCCCCAAAAGCGAAAAAAUAGAGUUAGAAAAAGAGGGAGAACAGGAAGAACUCAAAAUGGUGAGCGAAGGGGAGGAAGAACGCCCCAAGAGGAAAUCCUCCAGAAGCGAAAAAAAAAAAAAGGAACACAAAAAAAAAAGCGAAGAGUAUAAGAAGUAUUUUACCAAAAAGGACAAUCAGGGGGAUAUUUCCAGCAGGAGGAAGGACCCCGGGGGCGAUUCCGAUGAGAAUUUCUUUUCUGCAAAAAAAAAAAUUGGGAAAAAAAAUGACCAGUGUGCAAACAGGGGGGACCAAGUCGACGAAGGGGAUGUGGACAUGUCAAUUUUUAAUGAUGAGAAUGGGGGGUGCUCCAUUUUUUCUGGGUCCCCGGUUGGGCGCGGCGCUCGGGGGGGGCGAAGGAGCGGUGCGUCAUCCAGGCGGUCAUCGCGGCAAUCAUCGCGGCAAUCAUCGCGGCAAUCAUCGCGGAGGUCAUCACGGUCGUCAUCGCGCUCCUCCUCCGCGUCGGCCUCGUCCGGCUCGGAGAGCGCAGGGCGCUACCGCGACGGGGGGAGCGAAGGAAGUGGCAGGAGUGGAAGGAGUGGAAGGAGUGGAAGAAGCGGAAGGAGUCGAAGCGGAAGAAGGAGUCGAAGCGGAAGAAGGAGUCGAAGCGGAAGAAGAAGUCGAAGCGGAAGAAGAAGUCGAAGCGGUAGGGGGAGAAGCCGGAGAAGCCCCCCCCCCGAGGAGGCGCCCCGCCUGAUUAGCAACCUCAAGCAGUUCUGCAGCAGCAUCAUCGCGAGGAGAAGGAGCGAACCCGAGGGGGCCCCUCCACCCAGUGCCCGCAACAAGAAGAAGGAGUUCCUGCUGAACAUCCUCUCCAACUCAAACGAGAUUAAUAUAAAUCUAAAUGAGAGCCAAGAGAAGGUGCGAAAUGUGAAGAGGGACAGGGAGGAUAUGCGGAAAAGCGAGAAGAUCAUAAAGAACAUUUUGAACAUCGGGGAGGAGAACCUCGCGGAUGAUUCGUAUUACAGUAGGGCCAACAUCGUCAGCUCGAGGGACCCCCAGGGGGGGAGCGGCGUGGCGGGAGUCCCCGUAGGUGUGGCAACGAACGCGGCAACGAACGCGGCUACCAACCAGGCAACCACCGCUGCACCCACCGCUGCACCCACCGCUGCAACCACCACGUACGUAGAACCCGCCAGAGAGGAAGAGUUGAGGAGGAGGAUGCUGAUGAGGAGGCAAAAGGGGGAACCCCCUCAAAGGGAAAAAUGGGAAGGCAACAAAGUGAGGAACAUAAGCUCCGUGUAUGACAAAUACAAAAUACUGCUGACCGAUAUAAAGUCAGGAGAGUACCUCAAUUCUGUAGAAUCCAAGUUAAAUGUGAUUGAGAAUUCCCUCCUGUGCCUGUCCGAUUUGCAAGAGGGGGGGGGCACAGACGACCGGCUGGACGUUAAGAGGAAAUUGGGCGAGCUGUUCGACGCGGCUGUUGAUCGCCUGAUGGAGAGUUGCGAAGAUGCGAAGAGGAAAAGCGACCUGGAGAGGAAAAGCGACUUGGAGAGGAAGCACCACCUGGAGGGGAAGCACCACCUGGAGGGGAAGCACAGCCUGGAGGGGAAGCACAACGUGGAGGGGAAGAGGCAGCACAGGGAGCAACUGAACCUGUCGUGCGACUUCAACCUUUUCCUUCGCCUCUGCAAGACGAUGCUGAAUGACCAGCAGGUGGUCUGCAACAGUGGCAAGAAGAACAUUAUUUUCUACAAUAACAUCUGUAAGGUGAAUUAUGUAUCGGGGGCGAAUAGGAACCGGGACGUCCUCUUCAACGUGCACUGCCGCAGGGGGUACCUGGCCCUUUCGGAGAGAGCGGCCGCGGAAGGGGGGAGCCACGCGGGGGGGGGCAGCCACUCAGGAGGGCUUCCCCAUGGAGGGCCUCCCCACAUGCGGUACGACAAAAAGGGGACCAUCGAAAAGCUAAACAUCCUGUGGUUUUACGAGCAGAAGGAAGAGGCGCACUAUCUGCACCUGUAUAACCUAAAUAACCUGAACAGCAAGGUGAUGUCCGUGCCGAUCGACUCCCCACUGGAGUGCAUCGACGUGGUCUUCCUCAAUUCCUUCCUCCCCUUGGAUUCCUUUUAUAACUCGUCGAAGAGCUACUACCUCAUGGUGGUAACAGAGCAGUCCUUUUAUAUUUUUAAUGUCCAUUUGUACUUCAAUUGUGAGGAGGAUUACAAUGUGGCCCUCAGUGAGCAGCUCAUCUACCAAAGUUUAUACCCCUUUUACUUUAACAUCUAUCUCUUUCUGCUCUUCAAAUUGGAAAGGGAGGAGAAGAAGAGGAGGUUUCUCUGUGUCAAAUCGUUUGAAAAGGCCGAGAGGAUCUUCCUAGGAGCGGAUGAUGGUAAUGUGUACGAAUUUAUUUAUGAGAGGGAGCAGCUGUUCAAGCCGCUUAACAUUUUUAAGAGAAUCAUUUUUACCACGCUGAGUGCUCUCGUCAGCGGAGUUAACGAGGCGCUGUUCUCGCGCAACAGGUACGAUCGCUACGCGCUCCCUGGAGGGGACUCCUACUCGGACGAGCGGAGUGGAAGCGCGGCCGGCAGUUACACCAGGAGUUACAGCGACAGCGGCAGCAGCAGUAGGAGCGACGAUGAAGAAGACCCCCUGGACGAAUACAACAAGAAUAUCUACUGCGACGACAUCCAGCAGGUCCCCGUAAAGUACCAUUUGAAGAAAAUAAUAAGCACCUACUUCAUAAAGUAUUUUUCCUUCUUCAAAAAUAAAGUGAGGAAGAUGCUGGUGGAUAAUGAGAGGUCCAUUCUGUACGUGUUGUAUGAGAAUGGCGAUCUGUAUGUUAAGCUGCUGAGCAAUGCGACUGGGGGGGGGACCUCCAGGAACUACCUCUCCGAGACGAUCACCUUCACCAAGAGCGACUUAGUUUCGGAGAUGAGCAACAUUUACUUCGUCGACGACAAUUGCUUCGGGUACCCCGAGGGGUUCGUCGGGGUCCCUCCUGGGGAGGCGUUUUACGGCGGGGUGGCUGGGCGCAGCGUUGGCGGAAGCCACGUGGGGGGGGCCAGCCUGGUGAGCGGCAGCGUGGGAAGCGGCAACGUGGGAGGUGGUAACUUUGGAGGGGAAACCAUCGGAAGCGGUAACUUUGGAAGCGGCAACGUUGGAGGGGCCGCCAUUGGAGGGACCCACUUCGCAAGCGGCGCCGUCGGGGGGAACCGCUUCGCCUACCCGACGAACCUGGAGCACAGCGCGCUGAACAAGCUGAGCAUCAUAGACAUGCACCUGAACCACCUGCACGAGAGGAGCAACGUCUGCCUCAAACUGGUAGACAACAAUUGCAACAUUUAUUACCUCUCCCUUGUGAGGUCCCCCGAAACGAACUCAUUCAAAAUGGUGCUCAAGGACUUCCAGAAUUUCCCCCACAAGAAGGGGCUACAGAUUAACGAUAAGGAGCACCGCAUUUUGUUUACGCACCAUUUGAAGAAUCUCUUCGUCGUUCUUAAGAAGAGGAAGGUUAAGCACCGCUACAAACUGAAGCUACUCUCCAGCUGCGACGAAGGCAGCGACCCGAGUGUAGCAAACAACCUAACCCAGUCGGCCACCUCCAAAAGGAACAUAUUCUUGUUUAAGCAUUCCAAUGAGUAUUACAUAAACGAGGAGAUCGUCGCCAUUCUCUAUAAAAAACGGAAUUCCAAUUUCCACGGUUUUUUUGAAGAACCUCAGAAGAGCAACAUCAUCAAGGAUUUCUACCUGGACCGGGUCAGGCACGACAGCGUCAACCGCCUGGCCCAGAGGACCGACCCCCCCCACGGCGGCGCGAUUGGCGCGAUUGGCGCGAUUAGCGGCGUUGGAGGGGUUGGCGGGGUUAGCGGCGUUGGAGGGGUUGGCGGCGGCGCGCCCAACUACUACGACGGCGGCAACUUCCCGAUGAGCGGCGGCAACUUCCCGAUGAGCGGCGGCAACUUCCCGAUGAGUGGAGGCAACUUCCCAGUCAGCGGCGGAAACUUCCCAGUCAGCGGCGGAAACUUCCCAGUCAGCGGCGGAAACUUCCCCCUGAGCAGCAACAACUUCUUCUUUAAGGAAGACGGAGGAGACCUCCCCCGAAGGAGGUCCAUCCUGACCGAGCAGGCACCCGGACGCCUGGAAAGCAUCCCGCCCUUCUUCCUAAACGAACACACCGUCAGCGAGUACCAAGAUUGCUACGACCUGAUUGUGCUCACCAAGAAGCGAGUCUACUACAUCAGCCAAAAUAGCCGCACGCAAGUAAUAGAGAAAAUGAUUAACCAUUUUAUAAGCUACAAAAUGACCUCCCAGAAUAGGAACAUUCGAUCGGUUGUUCUGAAUGAGAUGCGCAUCAGGGGUGUGUGCAGUGGGGGUGCCAAGUUGGAUGAUGAAGGCUUUGCGGGGAGCCCCCCCCCGAGGAUAGCGGCGGGGGAAGGGGCAGCGGUAGGGGCAGCGGUAGGGGCAGCGCCAGGAACAGCGCCAGGGAUAGCGGCAGAGACAACGGCUGAGUUAACCACCGCUUUCCCCGCCGCUGUCCCCACCGCUUUCCCCGCCGCUGUCCCCGCCGCUUUGCCCCCCGCAUUGCCGAACGACCCGAGCCACCUCGAAAUGGCCUACCACUACUACGUGAAUCAAAUUAUAAAACUGGCGUCGAGGGAGGAGUUCCUGUACGUCAUCUGGUGCAUGCUGCUGAACCAUGUGUAUAGGCACGACAUAAUGUGCUUCAACAACGUGGGUGGCAGUGGGGGCAGGAGGAUCCUCCGAGGGAGGAGCCAUGGGUACCAGCACGACUACGGUGGGGGGGGUGGCCCCUCAUUGGAAGGGGCAAGCGGGAAGGCUUACGGGUUGAGGGGCGGACGAGGAGACCACUACGGGCAGGGGGGCGGACGAGGAGACCACUACGGGUUGAGGGGCGGACGAGGAGACCACUACGGGCAGGGGGGCGGACGAGGAGACCACUACGCACCCCCGCCGGCGCACCCAACGCAGAGGGGGAAGAAGAAGGGGCAACGGGCCGUUCACUUCGAAGGGGUGUUAAACGAAAACGUAGGCGCGGCGUCCCCCUCCGCAGCAGCCGCAAGAAGGCGCAGAAGGAGACGGGGCCGCAGCGGAAGCAACAGCAGCACGAGCAGCACCAUGGGAGGCGGAAGCGAGUACGGACGGAUGAAACACACGGGGUAUAGGAAAAAUGCCACGAACCAAAUAGACUACAAUGUACUUAACAAAAUUUACAGGCCGACCCCCUUCAAAUUUGGUUUCUUAGAUAAGGACGCGGACUACAUCAUCAAGCAGGGGAAGCUCCAGCGGGCCAUGGAGCUCGAAAUUAAAACGAGAAAGAUUAAGGGAAUAAAUCACCUGUUUGAUGACGCCAUGGAUGGUUUGGACGGGGAAGAGGAAGGGGAAGAAAGAGGUGGUGCUAACCAGAUGGGUGGAAAAUCACUUCGCAUGUUGAAGGAGGGAGACCCUGUGGCGGACACGGCCAGUGAGAAACUGCUGCAAAAUAACUCCGGCUACUACAACUUCUUCCACGUGUGCCAGAAGAGGGCCACGAAGGAGAAGCUGCUGGAGGCGGAGAGGAACCGGAGCGGCAAUUUCGCCUUUGAGUAUUUGACGAACAAAAAUUUCGACCUCUUUUUUUUGAAGAGUGUAAACAUGUACCACAGCUCGCUGCACGUGCUGUCGAGGGGGCUGCUGCUGCUGGUGAGUCGGCUGCUCAAGCCGGUGAUGUUCAUCCACUUGUUUUCCUACGAGCGGUACCGCGACGCGCACGUUUUCAGGUGCGCGGGGCGCAGCGUCCGCCCAACGGUUGGCGGUAGAAGUGGGGGCGGCCCCUGGAAGGCCAGGAAGGUCGUGCGCGCGGGCCGGGAGGACGGCGACGCGGGCAUUUCGGUCAUUUCCAAGGAGAGGAGCGACGAAAACGAGGAGGCCUUCUACAACAUGAAGGACUUCUGCAUCAUCCGAAUGAACGACGAAGAAGUGUACGCGAAGAAAAAGAGGAAGCGCAGUUGGUACGAAGGCAGCGACGAUGUGUACAUCCUCACGGGCAACGUCCCCCUGGACUGUUGCCUCAACUUGAUAGAGAAGCUCAAGUGCCUCAACCUCUGCGUCAGCAUCAUCCUCACUACGCUGUUAAGAAAAAAAAAGGACUUUUUAGAAAAAAUUAAGGGGCUAACCGAUCCGUCCAUUGUGAACAUUUAUAGAGACUACACCACCCUAAUGACGAAUGAAGUGAAUGAGUUUUACGCCAUUUUGAAUUUCAUUAACUUUAGCAUUGAAUACCUGCUCAUCUACUCUAUCCUCAUUUGCGAUUACUAUAAGAACAAGACCAUCAUGAGGAAGAAGAACCUCGGGACUAGCCAAAACUUUUUGUACCUUCCGAGCACCCUCUUCGAUCUGCUUAUCAAAUGCAAUUUUAUGAAAACCUAUUUGAGCAGAACGUACAGAGAUAUUCUGAAGCAGUGCCUCUUUAACAUUAUAAAGUCGGGGAGGUACAUCCCGGUGGAUUUCUUCCAAGGGUAUAUAAUUCAUAGGAAUGAGUUUCUGGCUCUCUUCUUAAUUAAGAAGAUUGAGGAGGAGGUGUAUAUGAAGAAGAAAAUGAAGAUAAAGAACGACUACGGGGUGUUUCGCACUUCCGGGGGGACUGGUGCGCGUGGCAUCGGUGCGGGGUAUCCCAAUGGAGACGCCCACAACGGGGGAAGUUUCUUCAGCGGAGGAAAUGCCGCUUCGAGGGACACCUCCACGGUGGACAAAUUUGACGAUUUGCUCGCUUCAGAAAAACGGGCGGAGCAUUUCAUACACGAAAAUUUGAAGGACGCCCUCAUCAGCAUUAACAUCUUCAAGCUGAUCAUCCUGCUGUAUAAGGCGGACUACUACCGGUGCGCCAGCACGUUGAUUAGUCUCUACAUCGAUGCGUAUAAUAGGAAGCUGCUCCUGGAGGGAGGGAGAAAAGCUAAAAGGGAGAAGUUUAUCGAAAGGAAGAGCACCUCCUGGUUAACACACGACAUUCUGUUUUGCCAUCCCAGUGGGGAGAAGGGCUCCACCAGAAGAGCAGCAGCAUCCCUCCUGAUGAGCAACAUGGAUGUAGAGUACACGUACGAUUAUUUUGUCCUCUUCGAAAAUUGCUUCCUCCCAGUGGAAAAAAUCGUGCACGUGAAUUAUACCAAGUACCUUCUGAAGCAUAACGAAAAGAAGAAAAAGAAAAUUAAAACCUUUUUGACGACCCUGCUGGAGUACUCGAGUGACGUCAAUUUGCACUUCUUCCUCUUUAACCUUAUUUUGUAUAAAUGCGGCAAUCAGUUUCCCUGCCCCAUUUCCGAGCUGACGAUUUCGCCCCACCUGUACUACUUCAUCAAGAUGAACGAAAUGAACAUCCCCGAUGCCUAUGUGUAUUAUUUUUCCGAGAGGAAGUACCAGGACAUGGUCAUUUUCUACGCCCGGCAGGGCUUCUGCCCCUGGGGGGCGCCGCACCCGGGCGCGCCCACGCUGAGGGACCUCUACCAGGGCGAGGUGCAGGGGGGGGGGCGCCCAAUUGAGAAGCAAAAGGAGGGUCAACCGGAGAAGCCGAGAGAGAACCAAAAGGAGAGCCAACCGGAGAAGCCGCUGAAGGAGCGAAACGCCAGCGGUGGUGUUAGCGGCGGAGGAGUUAACGGCGUUGGAGUUAGCGGCGCGAGUGACCACACCGCCAUGCGCGUCCCCGCUGGGGCGGAACACGAUCCGCAGCACGCCGAGCUGCUGACCGAGCUGCAGGCCGAACUGCAGGCCGAGCUGCGCACCGAGCUGGCGCACAACAACUACUUCUACGAACACAACUUCAUCGGAAACAGCUACCUGCUGUCCAACCCCAUGUACACGCACGAGACGAAGGAAAUAUUCUGCAGCAUCUACAGGUACCUCUAUUCUAUCUUGUCCUCCCCGAGUCUGAAGAAGAGGAUCGAGUACGUGGAGUGCUGCAUGAGGGCGAAAAUGUUCAUCAUCCAGUCGACUGCGAGGAGUAUGAAGGGGACAGGCCUGCACAAGAACACUUUCCUGAGUGAAUACCUGGAUGUGUAUGCGCGUGGAGGGGGACUAUCCCAAGGGGGGAAGAGCCAAUCCGGGGGGGGAGUGGACGACCGAGGGAGUGAACGAGCGAAGAAGAAGAAGGCUCUACACGAGUUGCUAAACACAAGUGUAGCGUUGAAAAAGGAGGUUAUAAAGAAUUACUAUACAAUCGAUAAGGGGAUCCCGUACGACCCUACGUUUGCAAACACGCUGAAGGAGUUGCUCCGGAAAAACAACUGCUUCUUCAAACCGAAGGAGGACUACCUGCAGAAGCAGAGCACGUACUUCUUAAACCUGAAGGAGAUAAAGAAGUGCAGAACGGCACUCAACUACCAGAAGCUGCUCUUCCACGAAAUAAUCAACCUGUUCGUUUUUUACGUAUACAAAUUUUGCAGCUGGGAUGUUGUGAAAAAUUAUUUUUCCGUUUUGAUGAACGGGAGGAGGGAAGACCUCCUGCAAGUGCUCAUUCAUUUAGAAAGCAUAAACAAGGAAGAAAUCGACAUCGUGAAGAAGUCCUUCUCCAAUAUGUAUGAAUAUCUUUCGAAGAGUAAAUAUGAGCACAUUGACGAUGUAAUUACAGAUUAUAAUUAUAAAAUUAAAAAUCACCUGAACGGCAAGGUGAAUUUGAUACGAAUUGUUGACAUCAUUGACACGUUUAAGGAGUACCUUUUUACCAUACAAAAGGGUAUUCACUCGAAAGAGGAACUGAAGGAUAAGAUAUUCUUCAACAGUAAAUUCCUUUUCCAGAAUUUCCUGCCCUCCUUUAACCUGUUGAAGUUGAUAAUUCUCUGCGAUAAGAAGAAGGAAAAAAUAAAAAAUAUGAACGCGAAUUGUUUUUCAACGGUCAAUCAUAUGAUCAGGAAUGACUCGUCCAGGUGCAGCUCCCGUACGUUUGCCAAAUAUUCUUUUUACUUUGAGAGGCUCCUCGACUUUACCUUUUCCCUCUCCAUCACGUUUGAAGAUAUUUAUUUUGUAAUCAACCACAUCGGGGAUGUGAUCAAGCUGAAUGACGCAAACUUUAAAAAUUGCCUGUACAUCCUCGUCACGGUGAAGCUGCACAAGUUCAUGAAUAACCUGUUCGAAAUGCAGAAGGUGCGGAGCCUCAUGAAGAACAAGGUGGAGCUGCUGCGCAAGAGGCAGCAGGGCAGUGUGGGCCCGCUCCACCUCAUAUAUUACCUCAACUGCGUCCCCCUCAUUUACCUGGACCCCCAGAUGAACGUCAUCCUGAUCAACGAGUCGUACGAGUACACCGCGAACCGAGACCGCAUCAUCUUCUCCAAGCUCUCCCCCUUCUCGCUCGUCUCCAAGGCCGUCAACCACAAGCUCCGCAGCGUCUACUCCUACCACGACUACACGGACAACUACGAGGGGGGAGCGGAAGGAGAGGCGGAAGGAGCGGCGGGCGAAGAAAAGGCGGACGGCGCGGCUGACGAGACGGACCACCCCAACGGGGUAGGCCGCCCCCCACCCGCGGAGGACUUCCUCGCCAAGCAGGUCCACCGCAACAGCGCGGCCAUCGACCGCAACGACCGCAAGGCCCUCUACCACCUGUACAACGUGAACUACUGCUUCCACGAAGGGGGAGGCGGCCACGGCGGGAGGGCUGCCCCGAACGGUUGGAAGACCGCCGCUAACUCGGGGAAGGCUGCCUCGAACGUGGUUCCCCCCCCCCCGGAGCUCAUCGUCCUGACGUACAAAAACUACUGCUCCUACAUCGUGUGGAUCGCCAACCUGCUGCUCAACCACAAAAUAGAGUACAAGGCGCUGAUCCACGUGUACGUCAAAAUACAAAGCAACGUCAAACACCAGAAGGCCUCCCAAAUGGAGGAGCACGAAAUUGCCAUCAUCCUUUACUACCUCUUCACCAUGUGGAUCAACGGAGACAAAAACAACUGCUCCUUUUUUUUUUAUAAUGAGGAGAAGAGCUUUGAGGAGAAGAGCUUCGAUGAGAAGAGCUUCGAUGAGAAGAGCUUCGAGGAGAAGAACAGCGUAGGCUGCUUUUUGAAAGACAAAAAUGGGCAGGUAGAAUACAUAAACAACUGCUCGCUCAUCACCUUGUUGAAGGAGCUUCUGUCCCGAGCUGAGUUUUACUUUGAAUACACAUCAGAUGCAGCUUCCCGCAACUAUGACAUUAGCUGCAUCAUUUUGGACCCCUCCAUAUAUGACCAUGAGAAGGUGAGCAAAUCUUCUGUGGACAUUUUGAAGAAAUUUUUCGACGGCAUUUACGCCACCUUUAACGAGGUGAUGGCCAAGAUGCCCCUGCUCGCCCACAUCGUCGAGUUCCAGGCCAUCCAGGCCUUCCUCAAGCGCUUCAAGGCCUACUUGGAGGAGAUCGCCUGCCGCAUCACGCUCGCCGAGGGCCCCUUCCUCUGA